GACCCAAUUUCACGUUAAAGCAUAAUUUUGUUCUUCUAUCGAGUUUCACAUUUGGACCGAACAGCUUUUUACAUCGGCGGCGAAAGCUUUGCUCCAUUAGCAUCUCAAUCUCCGGCGAAUUAUCGGCGAUCAUAUUUAAAAACUGAGUUGAAAGCCUUACAGUCAUCUUGCAGCUGAUACUUCAAAAAAGAACAUCAAGAGUUCUGCAGGAAUAACACCAGUGGCUCUUGCAAGAAAUGGAUCCUGGUCGAUAUGGCCCCCAUCAAGGAUGGGAAAAUAACAGCGCUUUGGAGGGUUAUAGAGGAGUUCACGAGCCAGAUUUCCGGGCUGGUGGUUCUUUUGAUGAUAGGAGGUUUCUAGACGAUAGAUUUUCAAGGGAUGGUGUUUAUCCCCGGGGUGCCUAUCACCGUGAUAUACUGGAUGGAGAGCACUACCCUCAUCCACCAGCAGCAGUUGGACGCUGGCCUCAGACAAGGAGGAGAAGUUAUGAAGAAGUGUACCCUUUGGAGAGGGAUUCCAGGAGGCAUGAGAAGCCGUACGUUGAUUCAUAUCAUGAAAUUCGUGAAGCUGAUAAGUAUCAUGAGAUUAACACAUCCAGAGAUGGUUAUCACAGUUUUGACAACUACCCUGAUGCUGGAUUUGACAGGCCUGCUAGGUACGGGGGACGGGAGCAUGAUGACCCCUAUGAUGAUUAUGACUACAAACAUCGUAUGGCUCACCCCAACAGAGAGGAUAGCCGUGAAAGAGACUAUGAGUACAGUAGAUAUAGUUAUGACUCAGACUAUGAACGUGGCAGUAGGAGAGAUGAUAACUGGAGACGACGUGAAUCCCACGAGCGUGAACGUGACAAAGAAUCAAGUCGUGAGAGGGAUCCGAGUCCAUAUAGAAGGCAUGACCGUUCACGGUCACGUUCUCGAGGUCAUGAUGAUCGGCUGAGGUCAAGAUCUCCUCGAAGUCGAAGUCAUAGUCGCAGCCACAGAGAGGACAGUUAUGAUGACGGCCGAUACGAUAGAAGUGAGAGACGAAGAGAUCGUGAUGAUAAAAGAUACCAUGACAAUUAUUCUGUGGCUCCUUCAGCGACUGUUGUUGUCAAAGGCCUUUCACAAAAAACUACUGAAGAAGAUUUGUAUCAAAUCCUUGCUGAGUGGGGUCCCUUACGCCAUGUUCGUGUGAUCAAAGAGCGAAAUUCUGGAAUUUCUCGUGGAUUUGCUUUUAUUGAUUUCCCUUCGGUGGAUGCGGCCCAAGCAAUGAUGGACAAACUUGGGGAUGAGGGUCUAGUUGUGGAUGGUAGGAAGCUUUUUUUUGAGUACAGUAGCAAGCCAACUGGAGGCCCCGGUGGGCCCGGUGGUCUAGACAAUGCUUCAAGAUCUAACCAUGGUCACCACCGGAGCAUGACUGUUCCAUCCGAUUGGAUGUGUACCAUCUGUGGAUGUGUGAAUUUUGCACGGCGGACAUCUUGCUUUCAGUGUAAUGAGCCAAGAACAGAUGAUGCUCCUCCAGCAGACAUGGCAUCAUCCAACUCUAGCUCUCUAGGGAGGAGAGGCGAAGCAGGUCCCACACAUGUCUUGGUUGUCCGUGGAUUAGAUGAAAAUGCAGACGAGGAGAUGCUUCGUUAUGAAUUUUCCAAACAUGCUCCUAUUAAGGAUCUUCGUCUUGUCAGAGACAAGUUCACUCACGUGUCAAGGGGAUUUGCUUUUGUGCACUUCUAUUCGGUGGAGGAAGCUUCUAAAGCUCUUGAAGCAACAAAUGGGACAACUUUAGAGAAGAAUGGGCAGCUUCUUAGAGUUGCGUAUGCAAAAAGUAUCCUAGGACCAGGAUCUGGUACUUCUCAGGCUAGCAGCCUUGCUGCUGCUGCUAUUGAAGCAGCAACUUUUUCUCAACAGUAUGAUGCUGUUGGAUGGGCACCAAAAGAGUAUAAUCCUGAUGAUAAACUGUCCACUGGUGGACAAGAACACAGUGGAGAAGUUGCUGGUCAAAAUUCUGCUCCACAAUCAGGAUUUGUCUGGGAUGAAGCCUCUGGCUAUUAUUAUGAUGCGACUUCUGGUUUCUAUUAUGAUGGAAAUACAGGGUUGUAUUAUGACGGUAACAAUGGAAUCUGGUAUACUUAUGAUCAGAAGACUCAGCAAUAUUUACCCUGCACGAAUCAGAAUGAAAACAAACCAGCAGCAGGACAAACUGAAACUGCCAAGUCAUCUGAUGGCUCAAAUACUAAGAAAGUCAUUAUAUCUGCACCAGCUUCCACAAUUGCUGGUGAGAAGGCUGCCUCACUGCCGGAUGCUAUUCAGGCUGCUGCCUCUGCAGCAAUAGCUGCUGAAAAGAAAGAGAAGGAGAAGGCAAAAGAGAUAAAACUUGCAUCAAAAAGCAGCAUCCUUGCGAAUAAGAAGAAAAUGAGUAAUGUAUUGUCAAUGUGGAAGCAAAGAAGUCACGAAGGUCAAGCCCCCCGUGUGGCUCUUGAAGACAGCCAGACAGUGGGUGAAGACAGAUCUAACUCAGUAGGUUCAGUUGUAAAGACUAAGUUAAAAGCUGAACCCUUGACAACUAGAGAGAAUCCUACUGCCUGUUCAGGACUUGUAGGAAGCUCAACUUUUCAAUCUGUGAGUUCCGAGACUCAGGAUAGGCCUAGGUCUCUUACUAACAGCUCUGGGGGCACUCUGAAGGGCGUCAUAAGAGGUUCUGGUUUAGGAGUGGUGAAAUCGGGUACUCUAUAUACAGGAUCAUCUGGAAGUGCAUCCACGUCACACACCAUGCCACCAACCUCAGGUCCAACUUCAUUAAUAAAUGCAGAUGCCUCUGCAGCACCCUUUAGGACAGAUGCAUCGGCUUUGGGUUCUUAUACACCCCCAGUACCAGCUGGUAGUAAAAGAAGGUUCUCAGAGAUGCCAUCACAGCCUCCUCCAUCUAUUAAGGAACAGUCUCAGUCUACAACUGCAUACCGAGAUCGUGCUGCUGAGCGGAGGAGCUUAUAUGGUUCAUCUUCAGCUUUUGGAGAUGAUGCAUCAGAACAUGGAGAUUCAAAUCGGGACUCAACAUUCAGAAGAGGUGUUUUUGAUCCAACUCCUUUCCCCCCUGGUGUUGGAGGUGGACGUAGUGCAGAAGCGAAUAGUCAGAGCUUUGAGGUUAUCACGGCUGACAGGGCUAUAGACGAGAGUAAUGUAGGCAAUCGUAUGCUUCGCAACAUGGGAUGGCAAGAGGGCUUGGUAUCAUUUCUUACCCUAAAACUCUCAAAGACUUCAUUUCUAUAUUAUUAUCACGGGACAAUGUUGUCAAUAAGCUUUUAUUUCACAAGCUCAAUCCCAAGCAAGUUUAGUCUGCUUGGCUUUAUGGAUCCUCAAUGUCAUGUUUCUCCAUUUAAGAUCAUCUCACUCCAAUAUUAUAUGAAAUAAAAUUUACAAAUGCAACAAAAAACGCUAGAAGUUCUCUACGAGCCUAUAUAUCUCUUACAAGGCCAAGCUUAUCCUAGAAAACAUGCUAACAUGUCUAAGAGCCUUUAGUAAACAUGCUUAACAUAUCUAAAACUUAGCUACUUCUAAUUUAUUUUUGAAAAAAAUCUAAAACGUGGUAUUUCUUCCCUUGUGCCCUAUAUAUAGAUCCCAACUAAUAAGCUUAUAUUGGUUUUACCAACUCUUAAAAAAGGUUAUAUUGAUUGCAUCAGUCUGGUCCUGCUGAAUUUUGUUUAUCAUGGUGUACAAUGUUUAUUUCUCAAUAAGAUGGGGGGACGUCGCAUUUUGUCUGUCCUUGUAUAAGUUCGUGAUUCCCCCAGGCUGUAACGUGGCAAUUUGGUAUUCUUUCUCGUAACGUGAAGCCUGACUGUAUUUUUGGGAUUUUCCUUUUGGUGUCUUUUAUUGUUAUGAAUUCAGGGAUUGGGGAAGGACGGAAGUGGUAUGGUGGAGCCAGUCCAAGCUCAAAGCACUGGACAUAGAGCCGGACUGGGAAGUCAGUCCAAGAAGGUGGACCCAAACCUUGAAGCACAGUCAGGUGACAGUUACAAGACUCUCAUUCAAAAAAAGGCUAUUGCUAGGUUCAGAGAGAUGUCAUAAAUGGAGAAGAAACUUAUAACCACCAUACCAGGAUCGGGACUGGAGAUGGCGGUUAGAAAUUGUUCUUCGUUUAGGCUAGUUAGGUAUUUUGUUGAUUUCUUUUUUAGUUUUCCAUUGUGCCGUUAGAUUCAAUAACUAUUCGAAAAUGUGAUGUAUGAGACUUCAUAGUUAUUUCUGCAUUUGCCCUGAAUCCAACAGAAUGUUUUUGGAGUCUGGAUGUCUCACUCGUGUAUCUGUUUUGCAAUGUAAAAAGCUUGUCAUUGCCAUGUUUAGUU